GUCUGGGACUAGCCUUAAGCCCUGUCUGUGAAAACGGCAUUGAUGUCUAAGUGAGUCUAAUAGACACAGGAAUUAAAAAUGUUGGUAACACUUUACAAUACGGUAUCAUAUAUUAAUAUUAUUUAAUGUAUUAACUGUUACAGCAGCCAGAGAAAAAGUAAUAUUAAAGAGUUGAGAGCCCAACUAAAGCAAACACCAAUCACCAUAAUGGUGACUACAAACGAAACAUUUAUCGAAACAUCUAAACCUAUAUUCUCAGUAAGAACUUCUGUAGACAUAUGACAGAAAUAAAGUCUGGUUAGUAAGUGAAGCUGGUAAUGCACGUGGGGUUGUCGACGUCCAGUGCCCGCUUCCUGCUAAAAUCAUUAUAAGAAUGUUGGGAUCAUGUUUUUUAGAAUGUUUUUAAAGCAUGUUAUCCUACCUUUUAGGAAAACGUUAGGAACAAAGAUAAAAUUUACCACUGAAAACAUUCUGAUUGCACGUGAAGGAAGCAUUAAUAUUUGUUAAAAAAAAAAAAAAUGUUACAAUGUGAUGAUUUCUGGUUGGAUUGUUCAUAUCUUGUUUUGUUUUUGUUUUUUCAAUUUUUAUUCACCUCUGGUAAGAUGACUUGAGGUGUGUGGGUCAUUUCCAGCGCUCUGACGGAACUGUCAAUUCUUUUGCAAUUGCAACAGAAGAGAAACAGAGACACUGGACAUUGAUGUAUUAUCCUACAGGGAGGAGAUGACGUUUUUUCCACUCUGAAAAAGAUCCAGCCCCCAAACUCCAAAGAUGACCCUUACAGAGAUUUCAUCAAAUCUGAACCUCACAUCAACAUCGACUCCUCCCCUAACAACCAAUACUUCUCCACCAUACCGUGAACCUUAUUUACACAGACUGGCUCACUUGGAUGAAGGUCUCUAUAAUGAAUUUUACAGCCUGUGGAUAGCCCUGGUGGUCAUCAACACGCUUAUCUUUAUGGUAGGGAUGACCCUAAACAGUCUGGCUUUGUAUGUCUUCUGCAUCAGGACCAAGCCGAAGACUACAUCAGUCAUCUACACCAUUAACCUGGUUGUGACGGACUUGUUGGUUAACCUUUCCCUCCCGACUCGUAUCGUAUUGUACUACAGUGGAGGAAAGUGCCUCAACUGUUCCUACAUGCACAUAUUCAGCUACUUCGUCAACAUGUACUGUAGCAUCCUCUUCCUCACCAGCAUCUGCGUGGAUCGCUACCUAGCCAUCGUUCAGGCUGAGGCCUCGCGGAAGUGGAGGAACCCCGGUGUGGCCAAAGCAGUGUGCGUCUGCAUUUGGCUGUUCGCCAUCGUCGUGACCUACUCGCUUCUCACCACGGCUUUCAAGCACUCAGGUUGCCUCUCCAAACUUUUCACUCUGAUCGUAUUCGAGUUCUUCCUCCCAAUGGUGAUCAUCGUGGUGUUUACUAUUCGCAUCAUGUGCGCCCUUUCCAGCCCGGGUCUGAUGCAGCAGAGCCGCGACAGACGCAUGAAAGCCAUUCAGCUGCUGUCGACCGUGCUGGUGAUCUUCACCGUCUGCUUCACACCGUUUCACAUCCGUCAAGUUCUGUUUUACUUCCAUCCUGAUCUGCCUCAUCAUGUGAUUGUGUACCAUGUGACCGUCACCCUCAGCAGCUUAAACAGCUGCCUGGAUCCUGUGGUCUACUGUUUCGUCACCACCAACUUUCAGUCUACCAUGAAGAGAUUUUUGAGGAAGAUAGAAAGAGAGCAGACGAGUGGAGAUAUUAUCAGCAUGCAGAAGAGCUCAAAGGCUUCAGGCACAGUGAAUACCACAGAUAAAAGUAUAAGGAUAAACAUGAGCCUUGACCAGCAGGGAAUCCGACCUGCAUAAGGGAGCGUACAUGUACAGUAUUCAGAUGGUUGCAAUUACCAUGUCAUAUAGCUACUAAAGCAAAACCACGGCAUCGAUGAGACUUAGUUUUUUCUGUGUACUGUAAAUACGUAAUGUAUUGAUUUUAUGAGCUUGCAUUUCAUUUCACAUGUGACAUUGUUUGUAACUUCAACAAAAGCAACAUGGCGACACAGCAUUUUUAAACUUGAAGUGUUUUAGAGCAGGGGUUUUAAAAAUGUUGAGGCCAAGGACCCCUUAAAAAAGGCAGACGUAUACCGUAUGCAACGCGCGUAUGAAGACACAUGAAGGUUUAUAUUAUUGGCUAUCAUAUUGUUACUGUACUGAAGCCACAAAUUAUUAAAACAUAAUCUAGAAAAUAUUGUAUUUAUAUCUACUGUAUCUUUUUUAUGACCAGUAUUAGAGUGUAUACUAUUGUUCAAACAUUUAGGGUCGAUACGUUUUUGUUAUUGCUUUUAAAAUAAGUCUCUUGAUUUGAUCAAAAACACAAUAAAAUCUUCUGAAAUAUGAUUA